GUGCAGGCUCUGUCCGUGUGGACAGAAGAUCGAGUACGACAUUACGGGUUGUUUCAGAAUGAAGUAUGUGGUUCAUUACUUGUCUUCUAGUUUUUUUACGCUUGUUUCCAUAUAAAUUCUUAACCGUAUGGCAGUUUGGAUUUACAAUCCACAAUGACACCCUUACCUGAUUUGGGUAGUUUUUAUUUUGCAGAAAGGCUACUCCCUCGAUCCUGGUGGCGUGCGAUGCAAAACAAUCGUGAAGCUAAUAAAACACUUUUACGACUUCACUUUACCAAGAUGUGACGUGAAACUUACAGCGCUUAUAAAUAUAUUUAUAUGGACUUGA